AGUCCCAAUUCACAUCUCUCUCGCCGGGACUAGAGGACUCAUAAAGACGCAGCCUUCGUAGGCCGCAUAGACUGAGUCCUUUGAAGGAUACAAACCCCGAAUUGGAUUACAAAUGUUUAGAAAGAGCUACAGACCGGAUAUGGACUAUAGUGUUCGGGAAGUGACAGCAACCAAGGAGACUGGCGAACGACUGUUUUCACCUUUUACGUUUUACAUUAAAAACAGUUAUGUAGAUUCGCAACGAAUAGCUCAAAUGUUCGUUUUUUCUAAAGUCCACUAAACAUAAGUUGGAUUUGGAGCACUGGAGCGCUAUCUGAAGUGAAGUUUAAAGACAUGAUGGAAGAUGAAGCAUCCUAAGAUGGCGACGUCCAGUCAGAGAGAAAGUGGAAGAGCAUCAGCGUCAUUUGCCAGCAAAUCAUCAAUGGAGAAAAGGGUCAAAGACGUCCAACAGCUGAUUGGUUGUCCCACUCAGCUACAGUGUGGGAGUUCCACUUUGAAGCCAGACGGUCCACAACCCCCCUUUGUCAAAGAGGAAAAGAAGGAACCCUUGAUCACGAAUGAGGGAGAGCAUCUUCUAGGGAUGAAGGAGGAUGAUCUCACCAAGUUGCCACUGACUGCUGUGUCUGUGAAGACCGAAGACCAUGACGACAAACCACCUGAGUCAUUUUGUUGGGUUUGUCCUUCAUAUGCCCGACAGGUGAUUGUUUGUCUGCAGGAAGGGAGCUCCAUUUUGAAGCAGGAGGACCCACAGCCACCCCACAUUGAAGAAGAAGAGGAGGAACCUUGGACCACUCAGUGUCUUCUUGGGCCAGAAAGGGUUGAUAUCACCAUGUUGCCACUGACUGGUGUCUCUGUCAAGACUGAAGACAGCGAAGACACACUUCCCAAGGCCCGAGGGGCGGAGCCUCCCAGUGACAGCUCACCACAACACAUGACAACAGAAGCCGAUGGAGACCACUGUGGAGGAUCCCGAGCAGACAACCUCUUAGCUCCGCUAUCAGAUAGUGACGACACGUCACUGCCACCUGAGGAUGAAGACUGGGAUGACACCCAAGAACCAAAUUGGGAAGGUGAUAUGAGUUUGUACACUGAGCGCUCUGAAUGCUCCAAAAAGACGACAGGUAAAAAACAAAAAGUUUGUGAUAAAAGAUUCUCUGAUAGGUCGAGUAUGGUAUCACACAUGAGAACACACACGGCAGAAAAACCUUUUAGUUGCUCAGUCUGUGCUCAAAGAUUUUCUCAAAAGGCACAUGUGGUAUCGCACAUGAGAAUGCACACAGGAGAGAAACCCUUUAGUUGCUCAGUUUGUUGUAAAAGAUUCUUCCGUAAAGAAGCGAUGGUCAGACACACGAGAACACACACAGGAGAAAAACCUUUUAUUUGUUCUGAUUGUGGACAAAGAUUCACUCGAAAGUUAAGUAUGGUAUCACACAUGAGGUCACACACCGGAGAAAAACCUGUUGGUUGUUCUGUUUGUGGGCAAAGAUUCUCCCGAAAGUCCGAUAUGGUGCGACACUUGAGAACGCACACAGGACACAAACCCUUUAGUUGCUCGCUUUGUGAUAAAAAAUUCAUUCAGAAAGGCGACAUAGCGCGACACAUGAGAACACACACAAGAGAAAAACCUUUUGGUUGUUCCGUGUGCGGUCAAAGGUUCUCUCGAAAGUCUACUGUGGUAUUGCACAAGAGAACGCACACAGGAGAAAAACCUUUUAGUUGCUCGGUUUGUGGUCAAGGAUUCUCUCAAAAUGCAACUAUGGUAUCGCACAUGAGGACACACACGGGACGCAAACCUUUUAGUUGCUCAGCUUGCGGAGAAAGUUAUUCUUGUAAGAAAAGAUUGACAACACACGUGCAGACACACAACGUACAAUAAACAAUGUCACACUUGGUCAUCUGCUGAGUGCGUGAUACCCAAUUCCCUCAUGAGUUGGUCUGCUGUUCAUGGCAGCUUCCUUGCUCGUGAACUGGAUUAUGGACAUUAAGGACAUUAAGGACAUUAAGGACAUUAAGGACACUAGACUGCAUGCGAACUGAAUUUCAUGUGUUGUCAAAAGAGUGUAUUAUAUUGUAUAUGAUUCUUCAGGUUAUACCUAUUUAUACUAGUUCCAAGUAUCUAUAUGUAUUUAUUCACGCCCUGAGGCUCCAGUAGUUGGACCAACUUCUGAAAGUGCUCUACUCAGUCAGUCCUUAGCCCGAGUAGUACGUUAAAAACCAUUCUUCUUCUACUGCUGCUCUCCUCAAUAGUUGGCUCUGUGUGCUGCAAAGGUACACACGCUGCAACGCGCUGUAGGGAAAAUAUGGACUGGAUUAUCAGUGAUGUGGGCGUACUCUAUAAUGGCCAAGUGGAAUGGGCUGGGUAAUGAUGCAAUGAAAGGGUGUCUCUACCUUACACCAUGAAAUAAAGGGAAAUUGACAGAUUUAUGAUUAGAAAUUAAUGACAGGUAAUGUGAAUAUUUGUUUUAACUCAUAUUAUUGCACUAUUAUAUAAAAUGUGUCACAUUUUUUUGUAAAAAAAAAAAUCCAAUUGUUUCAAUGGGCUUUAGAGCAUUUUAGGAGGUCUAAAAUAGGCCUAAUGACGCCACUGAGUUGCAUAAUAGGUCUCAUUUAAAAACAAGGUCAGUAAUUCAUUCUAACUUUUCAUCUUAAAAAAUGUUAAUGAAAAGAUGUUAAAUGUAACAAUUCAAAUUAGUGAAAUAUGAACUAUAUGUGAACUAUUCACAUUGAUACUGUGUGAAUGGAUUUUGAACUUGUUCGUCGAGGUAUGAACUUACAAAACCCUGGGAGUGUGUAUCCUAGUGUGUAUCCUAAAAGUGAGUAUUUGGGUUACCCACAAUCCCACAUCCGACAAUGUGAGAGCUCUCUUGGCUAUGUUAUGUGCGCUUUCAUUCUGCUUCUAUUCAAGUGGGCACUAGAAUCCAACAGAAGUCUACAAGAGCAGCUCUCUGAAGUCAAUAAAGUAAAAAAAUGAAGUAAUCUCAGCAUGUUUCUUUUGCAUUUGAGCUCUUCAUAGUUGCAAAUAACUGCAGUACUAAUAUGCUCAUAAAGGUUACAUUUAUUUCGCACAUUCAUCCACUUUAUAUUGAAAUACUUCAUGUAACAAUUCACAAUUCCACAUGUCCAAAAAAGCCAACUAUUAAUUUCACAUCAAUCGCUAAUACAUUUGUCCACUUCCUGUAUGCAUCAUGUACUAAUGCACUAUUUCUAUUUGACUUUUUAUGUCUUUUAAUACACUCCUUGACAUCAAAAUGGAAAUGGUCUUAUUUCUACAAUGCAACCUUUGUAAAAGAUCUGCGGAAUGCUGCCAAAUGUCUUUGUUUAUUAGGAAAAUUCCAUAUUCACAAAUCCAGAGUCAUGUUAUGCAAGCCAAAUAUUCACCGCUUUUCUUCUGAACUGAAAAUAUUAUAUAUGAAUCACUGAAGUUGAUAUUCAAAAAAACAGAAAAGCACUGAAAACCUUUUAAUACACCGGAGAACGUUCUAAAAAACAAUUCAUACAAAGAACAAGCUUAAGUGACAUGUUUUCUGUUUUUAUUUUGUUGUUCUUAUUUUCAAGCAA